UGAUUUUCAGGGUUCAGAGCAGGGGGCAGGAGCGAUAGAGGGGGGACAUUGCCUGCAUGGGAAGGAGAGCAGCCAGGCUGGCUAGAUCUCAGGCAGCUGCGGUGCCUAUUGCAGCUUGGCUGGUGUGCUUUGCAAGCAUCGCCUUCCUCAUUCGGGGCCUCUAUCCACUCACUGUCGAUCCAGCAGUGCUGGCGUCACGCGCUGCAGUAGCUGGCAGGAUGCUCGUCUCAGUGACACCGUUCGAUGAGGACCACCCAGAGGUGCAGCUGUACAAGCUGCGGCAUGGCCCGUACGAGGUGGACGUGAUCAAUUUUGGUGCAAUCAUUGUCAAGUUCGUGGUACCAGACAAGAGUGGAGCGGUUGCGGAUGUUGUCCUAGGCUUUUCAGAGCUGAAGCCUUACUUGGAUGGAGUGGCCCCUUACUUUGGGGCAGUCGUCGGCCGGGUCGCAAACCGCAUCGCAAACGCCCAGUUCAAACUCGAUGGGAAGACGUACCAGCUGGCUGCCAACAACGUGCCCAACGCGUUGCACGGCGGGGUGAAGGGUUUCGACAAAGUGCUGUGGAAGGGCGAAGUUGCGGAGUCAGCAGACGGCCCGUCUGUGAAGCUGACCUACCACAGUAAAGAUGGAGAGGAAGGUUUUCCGGGCGACCUGGACGUCUCUGUGACGUACACCCUAGCGGAGGGGGGCGCGUUCAGGACGGAGAUGGAGGCCAUAGCACGAGACAAAGCUACCCCCGUCAGCUUGGCGCAGCACACGUACUGGAACCUGGCUGGUCACGAUACUGGAGACAUCCUGGGACACAGUGUGAAGAUCAACGCAGCCCGCUUCACUCCAGUGGACGACAACUUGAUUCCAACUGGCGAACUGAAGCCUGUUGCAGGCACCCCCUUCGACUUCCUCGACUUUCAUGCCAUCGGUGAGCGCAUCGCAUCCGUGCCGGCCGCCCCCCCCGGCGGGUACGAUCACAACUAUGUCCUCGAGAGCGGCUCAGGGGGCGAGCUGACGCAUGCGGUGUCGGUGAAGGAGCCCGUAUCCGGCCGGAAAGUGGACCUCUUCACUAGUGCCCCAGGUGUCCAAUUUUACACCGGCAACUUUCUGGAUGGGUCGUUUCCAGCCAAAGGAGGUGCCAGGUACCAGAAACACGCCGCUUUCUGCUUGGAGACGCAGGGCUUCCCAAAUGCCAUCAAUCAGCCGAGUUUCCCGCCCAUUGUCCUGAGACCAGGCGAGGUUUACAAGCAUGUCAUGGUGCAUAAAUUCUCAACGUGACGUUAGUCAACGUGUGUUCGGAACAAGGGCCGUUCCGAACACACUUGACCCCGGUGACUUGAGAAGUCCCAAACGUUACUUGACUCGAUAUCAACUUAGAGCCUAGCUUUGAGGGCAGCAGUUUCCGUCCCUGAGUUCUUGGGCGCCUGGUUUACAGCCUUGGAAAGCUAGUCAAUGUCAUUUGGCCGGUCUGCAUCUUAGGGCCUUUUGCAAGAAGCUGGUGUUCGAGACCCAUGCACUUGACGGACUUGUAUCAUAAAAUAGAGCGUUUGAAGCACUGUGGUCGUACGUUGCUUCAGGUCUGACUCGAUUGUACUUCAGCGCGCCUGCAUGAACUUGCAUGCUUGAUGCGUACACAGGAAUCAUCAG